CCGUCGUUCCCGACACUUCCUCCCCGGCCGCCGCCGCCAACUUAAACUUUGGAGGGGCAAAGAGCCACCGGCAAGGGGCGACCCUUUCUCCACACGCCCCCCUAUCCCGCCGCGGGUAACGCCCCCUUCCCGGAGGCCCCGAUCCGAACUUUUCUCUAACUUCCGCGAUCCGUGAGAGUCCCUCCUUCCCACCCGGCCCUGGGGACCCCUCUGCUCAUCCCUGGACAGGUGGGAUCUCUGGGAUCCACUCGAUCCCCGACUCCGAGACUUCUGCCUUUUACCCUCAAGGUUUAGUGAAUCCCUCGGGCUCCUGUCAGAGGAUUCCUCUCAGAGCCACUAGAUCCUGGGAUUCCCCCUCUUGUUUCUCGAUCUCUCUCCUCUCCAAGGAGCCUUUGGAUCGCGGGCUCUCCUGCUCUCUGUGACCCCAAUCUACUAGACUUUCUUCUCUGACUUCUUGGAAUCCCUCAACACUCGGUCCCCCGUACCGCUGCCUUUCUCCUUUCUGAUCUGUGAUCACUUGAUUUGGGCGUCUGAUCCACUGGAGUCUUUUUCUCUAAUUUCCCAGGAUCCCGCCAUUCGCAGGUCCUUUCAACCUGACAGAUUUCUUUUCUUGGAUCCCCGCGCUUCCAUCACCAGCUCACGAGAUCUCUUGGAUUUGAGACCCGGGCUUCCCCCAACCGGAUCCCGGGUGGGCGCCGGGAGGCGGACCCCGGGCCUCCCCCCAUGGCCGCCGCCCCCGCCUAUCCCGCCGGGCUCCCUGGCUCUCCCGGGCCAGGGUCUCCUCCUCCCGGCAGCUCUGAGCUGCAGUCCCCGCCGCCGCUGCUUCCCCAGGUCCCGGCUCCGGGCCCCGGGGUCUCCUUCCACAUCCAGAUCGGGCUGACCCGCGAGUUCGUGCUGCUGCCCGCCGCCUCGGAGCUGGCGCAUGUGAAGCAGCUGGCCUGUUCCAUCGUGGACCAAAAGUUCCCCGAGUGUGGCUUCUAUGGCCUUUAUGACAAGAUCCUGCUCUUCAAACAUGACCCCAUGUCCGCCAACCUGCUGCAGCUGGUGCGCUCGGCCGGAGACAUCCAGGAGGGCGACCUGGUGGAGGUGGUGCUGUCGGCCUCAGCCACCUUCGAAGACUUCCAGAUCCGCCCACAUGCGCUCACGGUGCACUCCUACCGAGCACCUGCUUUCUGCGACCACUGCGGGGAGAUGCUCUUCGGCCUGGUGCGCCAGGGACUCAAGUGUGAUGGCUGCGGGCUGAACUACCACAAGCGCUGCGCCUUCAGCAUCCCCAACAACUGCAGCGGGGCCCGCAAGCGGCGCCUGUCGUCCACGUCUCUGGCCAGCGGCCAUUCUGUGCGCCUCGGCACCUCCGAGUCCCUGCCCUUCUUGGCUGAUGAACUGAGCCGUAGCACCACCGACCUCCUGCCUCGCCGCCCCCCGUCGUCGUCCUCCUCGUCUUCCGCCUCGUCCUACACCGGCCGCCCCAUCGAGCUGGACAAGAUGCUGCUGUCCAAGGUCAAGGUGCCGCACACCUUCCUCAUCCACAGCUACACGCGGCCCACCGUCUGCCAGGCUUGCAAGAAACUCCUCAAGGGUCUCUUCCGCCAGGGGCUGCAGUGCAAAGACUGCAAGUUUAACUGUCACAAGCGCUGUGCCACUCGUGUCCCUAAUGACUGUCUCGGGGAGGCACUCAUCAACGGAGAUGUGCCAAUGGAGGAGGCCGCCGACUUCAACGAGACUGACAAGAGCCCCCUCAUAGAUGACUCGGACGACUCCGGCGUCAUCCCAGGCUCCCACUCAGAGAACGCCCUUCAUGCCAGCGAGGAGGAGGAAGGCGAGGGAGGCAAGGCCCAGAGCUCCCUAGGGUACAUUCCUCUAAUGAGGGUGGUACAAUCAGUGCGACACACGACACGGAAGUCCAGCACCACACUACGCGAGGGCUGGGUGGUCCAUUACAGCAAUAAGGACACGCUGAGGAAGCGGCACUAUUGGCGUCUGGACUGCAAGUGCAUCACUCUGUUCCAGAACAACACGACCAACAGAUACUACAAGGAGAUCCCGCUGUCGGAAAUCCUUGCUGUGGAGCCCGCCCAGAACUUCAGCCUCGUGCCCCCAGGCACCAACCCGCACUGCUUCGAGAUCGUCACUGCCAAUGCCACCUACUUCGUGGGCGAGACGCCUGGCGGGGCCCUGGGCGGGCUGAAUGGGCAGGCCGAGGCCGCCCGGGGCUGGGAGACAGCCAUCCGCCAGGCCCUGAUGCCGGUCAUCCUGCAGGACGCGCCCAGCGCUCCAGGCCAUGCACCCCACAGACAGGCAUCUCUGAGCAUCUCCGUGUCCAACAGUCAGAUCCAGGAGAACGUGGACAUCGCCACUGUCUACCAGAUCUUCCCGGAUGAGGUGCUGGGCUCAGGGCAGUUUGGAGUGGUCUAUGGAGGAAAGCACCGGAAGACAGGCCGGGACGUGGCCGUGAAGGUCAUCGACAAACUGCGCUUCCCCACCAAGCAGGAGAGCCAGCUCCGGAACGAGGUGGCCAUUCUGCAGAGCCUGCGGCACCCUGGGAUUGUGAACCUGGAGUGCAUGUUCGAGACGCCCGAGAAGGUGUUCGUGGUGAUGGAGAAGCUGCACGGGGACAUGCUAGAGAUGAUCCUGUCCAGCGAGAAGGGCCGGCUGCCCGAGCGCCUCACCAAGUUCCUCAUCACCCAGAUCCUGGUAGCUCUGAGACACCUUCACUUCAAGAACAUCGUCCACUGUGACUUGAAACCGGAAAACGUACUGCUGGCGUCCGCAGACCCGUUUCCUCAGGUGAAGCUGUGUGACUUCGGCUUCGCGCGCAUCAUCGGCGAGAAGUCCUUCCGCCGCUCGGUGGUGGGCACGCCGGCCUACCUGGCGCCCGAGGUGCUGCUCAACCAGGGCUACAACCGCUCCCUGGACAUGUGGUCGGUGGGCGUGAUCAUGUACGUCAGCCUCAGCGGCACGUUCCCCUUCAACGAGGACGAGGACAUCAACGACCAGAUCCAGAACGCGGCCUUCAUGUACCCGGCCACCCCCUGGAGCCACAUCUCUUCUGGAGCCAUCGACCUUAUCAACAACCUCCUGCAGGUCAAGAUGCGCAAGCGCUACAGCGUGGACAAGUCUCUCAGCCACCCCUGGUUACAGGAGUACCAGACGUGGCUGGACCUCCGGGAGCUGGAGGGGAAGAUGGGGGAGCGGUACAUCACGCACGAGAGCGACGACGCUCGCUGGGAGCAGUUCGUGGCGGAGCACUCGUUGCCUGGGACCGGGCUGCCCACUGACCCAGGGCUCGGUGGGGUCCUCCCACCGCAGAACCACGACAUGCAGGGACUGGCCGAGCGCAUCAGCCUCCUCUGAGACCCAGUGCGCCCUGCCCGAGCUGCCACCAUCCCAGCGAACUGCUCUGGGGGAAGCAACUUCCUGCCCGAACUGGAUGAAGCAUGCAUGGGAGGGGGAUUCUUUCCAAAGGCCCUUCUGUGUUCCCCCACAAUGAAAACGGACUCGUUUCUGGCCCAUGUCUCUGACGGUAUCACACUGUUGUUCAAGAUGGAGUUCAC